GACUCUCCAUCACCUACAAUAUCAGAUUAUCUUUCUUCUCCAAAGUUUUCAUCUCAAAUAUCAGAUUUGCUUUAAUUAUAGCUCUGGUGCAUUCAGAGAAACAGAUAUGGACUCCAUCGAGUUCUUUCAAGUUUUCAUCAUAAUUAUCAUGACUCUGUUCUGCUUGUACUUCAGAUCAUUAACAUCUUCUUCUUCUUCCACUUCUUCUGUUGCUGCUGUUGAUACUGAUAUCCCCCAUCUUCAAGAAAAGUAUGAUGUGUUUAUCAGCUUCAGAGGUGAUGAAACACGCGAUUCUUUUACCAGCCAUCUUCACAAGGCUUUACUUCGGAAGAACAUUGAGACCUACGUGGACGACAAACUUGAGAAAGGAGACGACAUUGGACCUGCCCUUCUAGAAGCAAUCGGGAGAUCGAAAAUUGCACUAGUCAUUUUCUCAAAAGACUAUUCUUCUUCCACUUGGUGUUUGAAAGAACUUGUGCAUAUACUUAGAUGCAAGAAAAACCAUGGAAAGAUUGUUAUACCCAUUUUUUAUCGCGUAGAUCCAUCAGAUGUACGAAAACAAAAGGGAACUUAUGCGCUUGAAGGUCAUCAACUUAAGAAACGUUUUAAGGGCAUUGGGGAUGAGGAUGAGGUGGCCAACUGGAGGGCUGCUUUGGAGGAAGCAGCCAAUAUGUCUGGGUUUCAUUAUUCAAGCAAAACAGGGAGGACAGAGGCCGAUGUUGUUGAGCAAGUUGUUCAAGAUGUUUUGAUAAAAUUGAAUAUGUCUACCAAGCCCAAGAAUAAUACUGAGAGAGGUGAGGCCAAAAGAGGCGAUGCCUUCAACAUUUCCGGGAAUACAAUUGAGGGGAGCAAUUCAGGUAGGGUAGGAAUUUUCGAGUUUGGCAGCAAAAACGUCUAUAAAGGCCAUGAGAAAGAAAAACAAGUCGACUCAAGAAGUGGAGAAACCGACUCGGCCUCCGGUGGUGAAAACGAGGAGUGAACUCAGGUGAUCUGUGGUGUAUAGGCCUCUUUAUUUUAUGUAUGCACCACGUGUCUUAUGUAAUUUGAUAAUAAAAAUUGAAUAUUGUCCUUUACACAAACCCUUUAGUUUUGAGUUGGUUUCCUUUGCCAGAUCCCAUGAUUGAUGAAAUUGUUUCUUCACCGAAGGUGUGUUUCCUCGUAGUGGAUGAAAUGAAUGUAAGCUUAAUCGGUCUGAUUUGAUCUGAUUUUAGUAAUUUUUUUUUUGAAAUCGGCCAGUUUGGUUCUCACUAGUUCUGGUCCAAUUUUUGGUUUUUCCAGUUUUGAAUCGGAUUAUUAAAUUUUUUUCAUUUGGUUUCCGAUUUUCCAAUUCCGAUGCCCAAUGAACUUCGCCGGUGAACACUUAUAUAAUGAUUAUUGGGAUGUCUUUGUUAAAUACAUGAUGGAGGAAGAACAUAGGAAACAACGGAUGAUGCUCUGCUCUAGAAAGCUUUUACAGAUUUCUUGAAUGGAUAGAAAUCUGUAAAGCAUACAUCAAUUCAGUAUAAACGGGAGGGAGCACAAAACGCGUGGGUCAAUAUCCAUGGGCAAUAGGUUGGCAUCCAAAGUUG